UGUAAUGGAAGUCUUACAGAAUAAUAUAUCAGAUCCAGAAAUUCAUAAAGGAGGAAUGAAAAUAUUUUCCUGUCUUCUGGAAGAUGAUUAUAUAAAAAUGCAGCUAAAGUCUGAAGGAAGAUUAUAUGAAGUAUUAGAUAUGGUUUUUAAAAGUAUUGCUGUAUUUAAGGAUGAUGAAGGAAUUCAAUUUUAUGCCUUUGCAUCUCUGGCACAUUUACUAAGAUUUGAUGAUGAAACCAAGAAAGAAAUGAUGAAGAAAUAUUAUCAACUAGUGAUGGAUUCUCUGUCUAUUAAUAGUUCUAAACCAGAUAUUGUAGAGAAGAUAUUAAUUAUCAUAAACAUACUAGCUCAUAAUGAAGAAUGCCAUACAAAAUUAGUGAUUGAAAAUGUCCAUUUAAAGUUGAUGCAGUUUGUAAAAUCAGCAGUUGAUGAUAUUGUAAAGUCCAGUCUGGAAAUUUUGGUUCUUCUUUCGUCUUCAGAAACAGUUUGUAAUGAUGAAGUUCAGUCUGGUUUUAUGAUGGAUAUUCUGUUUCCAACACUGAUUAGUCAACCAGAAGAAGCUGAGAUACAGAUGCUGGGUUUAGAAAUAUUCCAAUUUACCGCUUCUGAACUAUUUAAAGACCUUGACACUGCCGAUUUAGCAUCUAAUUGGACUCGUGUUAUAUACACCAGUAUGUCACAACACUUAGAUUCACCUCUGGUACAGAAAUCUUCUUGUAUGGCUUUGAGUAAAUUAUUAUGCUGUAAACCUGAAGCAUAUAUGUGGAUUGGGGAAAGCACAGAUUUAAAACAAUAUCCCCUUCACUCAUUGUGUCUAGGUACCUUGUUGAUGUAUUCUAAAUUUGAAGAACUGUAUGCAGCAGCCUGUGAUUGUUUUUUCUACUUAGCUGCUGAUAAUGAUGCAUUAUGUAAAAAUUUAAUACAAAAGAAUUCUCACUUUGCUAUAAUUGAGGGAAUGAAGUUGCAUUUAUCCUCCCCAGUUGCUCUAGCAUCAUCCUGUCGUGCUCUAAGAGGCUUAUGUAUAUUUCAUGAUGAUAACAAGUUGAUUGUAUCGGAAUAUGAUGAUGUAUUACAAAUAUUGGUGACUAUAUUACGGCGGUAUGGACAAGAUAUUGGAGUGUUAAGUGAAGUUGUAAGCACUAUUACGUGUUUGGCUGAUAUUGAUGUAAUAAGACAUCAAUGUAUUGUAGAGAAGGUACAUCUACAUAUAUUAAGUAUAUUAGAUAAUUUCCCCGAUGAUAGGAUUAUACAGGAAGCUGGUAUAGAGGCUAUAGCUGUUCUAGGAGGAGCAGCCAGUGGAGCUGAGGUGCUGAAUUAUUACAGAGCUGUUGAAAAAAUCAUCAGAGGAUUGCUCAACUUUCAAUACUAUAUUAACAUACAGAAGAAAGGAUUAAUAGCUAUACAGAUUUUGGCUGAUAAUGAUGUACUUAAAUCACCAGAUAUGUGUACAGAAUUAGCACAAGUUAUACGCAUGAUAAUGUUCACACAUAAAUCAGUCUCCAGUAUACAGAGAGAGGCAGUGGUUUUGAUGCAGAUUUUAGCCGAGAAAGGUAGACCAAUGAGUGAAGUACUGGUUAAACAAGACUGUCACGAAAUACUCUUUCAGAUAUUAGAGAGAUAUGAUGACGAUAGAGGGUUACAUGAUUUAGCCAGUGAAUGUUUAUAUGUUAUUGGUUGUGAACAGAAUCUGAAAUCGUCCAUGUUAUUAGCAGCAUGUGCCAAGGGUUUCUUAGCGGGUGUAGAAUGUUUAUUAGAAAUUGGUUCGGAUGUAAAUAUUGGGGAAGGACAAGAAACACCAUUAUAUUUUGCGGUCAAGAAUCAAGAUGAGAAUAUGGUUAGAUUAUUAUUAAAACAUGAAGUAACAGAUGUCCGAACGCCAUUACGACAUAGUUUAGAUAAACAGUAUCAUUAUAUAACCAGUUUGUUAUUACCGUAUGUAGACCAGGAUCAUGAUCUAAGGAAAGCUGGUACUGUUAUAUGGAAUGAUUUUGGAUUGGGUAAUUUAAGACCAGAGUGGUUUUUAUCUACAUUUGGUGGACAAAAAGAAACAAGACCUUCUCCAGGAGCAGGGAAGAAUCUGUUUGCCAAAAUCAAAAAAAGUGAACAAAAACGAACCAAACGCUUGAGCCAUUCUCCUAGUGAUUCCUAUCUAGAGAUAAUGAGACAUCAAUGUUGGCGAGUUCGUAGGAAUAAUUGUGAUUUUAUUAAACAUAAAGCUGAAAUUGUCCGAAAUAUCAGAGAAGCUGAAGAUCUCAAAUCAAACACCAAAAGAGCAAAAAGCUUUCCAAAAAGAUUUUAUCGCCAAGGUGGUGAUGAAACUAAGAAAUCUUCCAGUCCUACAAGCGAUUCUCCACCGAAAGAUAAAAUCGAACCUGCUUUCAUCAUUCCUAUACCCGAUGAUCCAUUAUUUGAGCAUUCUGAAGAUGAGUGGGAAGAUUGGAAAAAGACAACUUUAACUGGGGCUAAUAUCCCUUUUAGUCCAUCUGAUCCCAGACGACAGAAAGGAAAAACAAAAAGGAAAGGAAUGGUUGCACCUCCAGUAAAAUGGCAACGGAAAUAUACACAGAUUGAAGAUCCUACUUACACUGGACAAACCUCAAGACAAACCUUGGAACAAUCCUCUAUACGAGAAUCUUCGGAUCUUAGUUCUGAAUCAUCUGGUCUUUUUUCUAUUGAUUUUAAUGAAGACAGAUCAAGAUUUAGUGUUUGUGAUACAUGUACAGAAAUGGAAACCAGUAUUGACGAUAAUUUGGAACACGAUUUUAUGAUAACACCAGAAUUUACUAUGAAAUGUCUGGAUGUGUCUUCUAAUAAAAUAUCAACGUUUAGUCAACUAGUGGAACAAGGAGAAGAAUUCUUAGAACAUUUUAAUCAGCUGCAGAGAUUGAUAGCUUCAAAUAAUACCAUUUCACAGUUUCCAAUGAAAUUUAGCCAACAAUUAACAAACCUGACAACACUAGAUUUAAAGAAUAACCACCUGACAGCCUUUCCUGUUGAAUUAUCAGCUUGUCCCUGUCUGUCUACUGUAGAUUUAACUAAAAAUCAAAUACAAGUUUUUGGCCUGAAGAAACCAUUUGUGACCUUCAGUAUCCGAGACCUGACCUUGAUAUCAAAUGGAUUGAAGGAAUUCCCUAAUUACUUAUACAAGAUUAUGCCACAUUUGGAAAAAUUGAAAUUAUCAAAAAAUAAUCUAGAUGGUGUACUAGAUUCACCGCUACACCUGCCAGAGUUACGCAAUCUAGAUCUAUCCCACAAUUCCUUGAAAGUCAUUGGAGAUAAAUUUUUCACGAAUUGCAUUAAACUGGAAACUUUCGCCAUAGCAAACAAUGGAUUAGAAACUUUACCAAGUGAAGACAUAUCCAAAUCUUUAGCCAGACUUUAUCAACUUCGUCUCAACAAAAAUAAUCUUUAUGGGAAGGAGCCGUUCUAUGUUCCAAAAUUUGUUUUAGAAUUACCUAGCUUACGUUUAAUAGAAUUAUGUGAUAAUGGUUUAACUGGUUUUCCUGCUCCCUCUGUUUGGAAGUCACCAAUAUUGAAAGAAGUUAUAUUUUCAAGAAAUUUGAUUAGCAAGUUGAAUCUUGAAGGUGCUAAAGCUUGGAGUAAAUUAGAAAAACUUCAUAUUUCACACAACAGAUUAUCAGAACUACCCCGAGAGAUUGGUCAGUUGAUAUCUCUUCAGUCGUUUGAUUUUAGUCAUAAUAAAACAUUAACAACAUUACCAGAUGAAUUAGGAAGAUGCUCUAGAUUAUGGGAGAUGCCAACUGAUGGCUGUAAUAUCGAUCUAGCUGAUAGCUUAUUAAAGGGGAGAGUUCGAGAUCUCAUCAUAUAUCUACAUAAUAGACUUAAAAAGGCUCAACGUUAUUUUUGUAUGAAACUUAUGGUUGUUGGUUAUGGUGGUAGAGGGAAGACAACUCUAUUAAGAGCUUUAUGUAAGAAAUAUAAAAAAUCGGCAGAGGAUCGACCAACAGUUGGAGUGAUUGUUAAUGAUUGGAAAUAUGAAAGACAUAAAUUUGGGAAGAAUUGUGCAUACACCAUCAGAACAUGGGAUUUUGCUGGUCAGGAAGACUUUUACAGCACACAUCAGUGUUUUUUAUCAAAUAGAGCUGUGUAUUUAAUUGUGUAUGAUGUAAGUCGAGGUGUAAGUGAAAUAGAUCGUCUACAACCAUGGUUAUCUAAUAUAUUAGCCCGAGCACCAGCUUGUCCUGUCAUUGUUGUAGGAACACACUAUGAUCGACUUAAUCCUGAUGAAUAUGAAAAAGUACAAGAAAUUGAACAGAAGUUGCAUGUUUUAAGCAAUAAACCAGGCUACCCUGUGAUAUUAUUACGUGCUAUGGUUGACUGUUCGAAAGAAACACCAGAAAUGGAAGAACUACGACGGAGAGUUAAAGAUACUAUUGAUAAUUUUAAAGUCAAAGGAAAACCAGUUAUGGGUCAGAAAGUUCCAGCUAGUUAUGUGAAACUUUCUGAGCUUCUAUCAGAAGAAGCUAAAAAUCCUGAGUCCAAUCUGCCAGUACUACGUAGAAAUCAACUAUUGAAAAUAGUACAAAAUGCUGGACUUGAUCUUGAUGAAGAAGAACUUGAUCAAGCUGUUUGGUUUUUACAUGAAACUGGUGUUUUACUACAUUAUAAUGAAUCAGCCUUACAGCUACGAGAUUUUUAUUUCAUCAAUCCAGGAUGGUUGUGUAGAAUGAUGGCUCAGGUUGUCACAGUUCCACAAAUUAAUCCAUUUAUAAGUCCACAAGGGAUAAUGAAGAAAGAUUCUGCCAAGUGGUUGUUUACUGGUAAAACUGUUGGUGAUGAAACACAUUUUAAAUUUCCACAUCAACUUAUACCCCAGUAUCUACGUCUCUUAGAAAAGUUUGAGAUAGCACUACCUCGUAACAAUGAUGAACUGAUGAUACCAUGUCGACUUCCUGCAGAAAGACCAGUUCUAAAGAUAAAUGUACAUGCUUUACCAAAAGAUGAUAAAAUAAGUCGUAUUUACGUAAUGCCAUCUGCACCUAUUGGUUUCUGGUCCAGAUUAAUAACACGACUUGUUGUCUUUUCACAUAGUUCUGUUGCAGAGAUAUUACUACAGUUAAGUGUCGAACCUGUUGUGCAAUAUUGGAGAGAAGGAAUUUUUGUAGCAUGGCCUAAGUAUGCUUAUUUUCUGGUUGAUUCUGCUAAAGAUAAUGAUGAAGAGUUACAUAUAACUGUACCUUCAACUACCUUUGGUUACAGAUUACUGGGUUAUCUUGUGGAUCAUGUUGAUGCGUUAGUUGAUGAAUGGUAUCCUGGUUUAACAGGUAUUGAUCCUGUAUUAGGACGGGAAUUAUUACAGAAAUUUGCUCAGUGCUAUCGGUGCACAGAAAAACCAAAGAGAUUUCUCGUAUCUGAGAUAAUUAUUCAGUCAGAAACUAGUGAUGAAAUUUACUGUCCAAAACACAAAGGAAACAUUGAACUUGGCCAUCUGGCUCCAGAUGUCAUGUUAACAGAUUUAGAGAGUCAUUUCCAGUUAGAUAUGAAUGAAUUUGAAUUCAAGGACAGCCCAGAGAAUUUACUAGGAGAUGGUGGAUUUGGUUGUGUCUUUAAAGCUGUUUAUAAAAAACAGAUUGUAGCAGCUAAAGUAUUUAGUGCUGUUGGUGAUGACCAUCCACAUAAAAUGUUGAGACAAGAGGUGAAUAUUUUACGAAGAUUGAACCAUCCUAAUGUUUUAUCAUUAACCGCUGUUGGUCUUCGUCCAGCCAGAUUAGUAUUACUAGAAUUUGCUCCUGUUGGUUCUCUUGGAAAUGUGUUACGUAAUAGACAGCCAUUAAGUAGAAUUUUACAACAUAAAAUAGCAUCUCAGAUAUGUGAAGGGAUGUGUUAUCUACAUAAACUAAUGGUAGUAUAUAGAGACAUGAAACCAGAUAACGUACUUAUAUUUAGUCUUUCAUCAAGUGCCAAGAUUAAUGCUAAAAUAUCUGAUUAUGGAAUAUCCAGAUUUUCGACAUUAUAUGGUUUAACAGCACAAGAAGGUACACCUGCUUAUAGAGCACCUGAAGUAAUUAGAGGUGAAACAUACUCAUUUCAGGCUGAUGUAUUUUCGUUUGGUAUAACUCUAUAUGUCAUGGUAACAGGAGGUCAACAUCCAUAUGAUGAACUCGAGUUCCAGAGUGAGAAGGACAAAGCUUUUGCUGAAAAUCUGCCGAUUCCACCGAUUACUAAACGUGGAAUUAAACCGUGGCCUGACAUGCAGGAAGUAAUUAAUCAGUGUUUACAACAAGUACCAGAUUAUAGACCACAGUCAAAGGAAGUAUGUAGAAAAUUGCGAUCAGCUGAGUUAUAUUGUUUGAGAGAAUUUCGACCAAUAUCUGUGGGCACAACUGUAGAAUGUAUGGCAUAUCAGCCAAUAGAUGAGGAAGAAACCAAACUAUGGAUAGCCAGUGGUGACAAUGAUUAUAUGCAAUUUGGUUGGUUUAAUUUAUUAGAUUAUAGAGAUGAAUUUAAGGGUGCCAUGUUUCCGUAUGGUAGAAUAUUAUGUAUGUUACCAGUUGAUCCAGAACAUAUUUUACUUGGUACACAGAUUGGCAAAAUAUUUGUAUUUGAUACAAUAACAAGAGAGAUAAGUAAUUCUACAGAAGUUCUUUCAGAUUCAGUUUUAUCUCUACAUCUUGUUAAAAGGUCAGAUGAAAAUGAUGUUAUAUUUGCUGGAUUAGCCAAUGGGAGAUUAGCAUUCUUUCCAGUAUCAGAAAUAUUACAGGAACCAGACACACAGCCAUUACCCCCGAUGAUUAUUGGGAAAGGUUACGACCCUGUAUGUUGUAUCUUAAAGUAUAAGAAUAAAACAAUUGCAUCUUGUGGUUCACAGAUUGUAAUAUUAGCUAGUAAGGGUAUGGCUGUUGAAAAGAUGUUUGAUACCGAUGAGGAAAGUAAGAACAAUUUUAGAAAACCUAUUCUAACAAUGACAUUAGGGAAACAUCUGUAUAUAUCUAAACGACAGUGUAGUGUGGUGGAAGUCUGGGAUAUAUCGAAAGGUAAACGUAGGGAUCGUGGUGAUUGUAAUAUACAGACUAUUUUCAACCUGCCCAAAAAUGAUUCAAGAAUUACAGCGAUGGUGCUUCAAGAUAAAGUAUUAUGGAUUGGUACAGGUGGUGGUCAGAUAGUUAUAGUUGACAGUUUGUUAUUAUCUCCCCUUGUUUCUACUGCACGUCACACAGCUUCUAUUAGAUGUCUCAUGUGUAUUAAAUUACAAGCGGAGAAUGAUAAAGAUUGUGUGAUAUUAAGUGGUGGAUUAGGAUUUCGUAACAGACCAGAUUCAGAUAUUGAUAAAGAUAACCAGUAUGGUUGUAUAGCUGUAUGGGAUUCCAUUCUACCACAAAUGGUGAAAAAUGAUGAUAAAAGUUUAACUCUCAGAUUUCACAAAAGACGGAGAUCUGUAAGCAGUUAAAAUAAUUGUUGGACCGUAAAAUGUUUGGUAGUGAUGUGAUUCUGGAUUUUAUCAACAAUUUCAAUAACUAUAAUGUUUACAUCUAUGGUACUCAAAAUAGAAGUUAAAUUUACCAGCUCAAAUUUGCAAUUUGCUAGGACAAAAAUGCAAGGUACUUAGAGGAGUGAGUUGUAGUGCCAAUUUAAUUUGGUACAAAUGUACAACUCACUCCUUUUUCAGAAGUUUCCAUGAUUAUCCACAUCUGUAAAUCUAAAUUAAGAAAUUUGCUGAUAUUCAAGGUUGCGUUAAGUAACUGGAUAGAGAAAUAAACUAUACCACGUACUUAUGGGAGAACAAUUACUGAUUUAUUUGGGUUACGUUUUGAAGAGUAUUUGCUCUACACAUUUGUUAAGUACAAUUUUGUUUAUGUCCAGUAACUACAAGCUUUGUUUAUGUACACUAACUACAGAUUUUGUUCAUGUCAUGUAACUACAAGUUUUGUUCAUGUCACAUCACUACAAGCUAUGUUCAAUGUUCAUGCCACAUACUUACCAGCUAUGUUCAUACCAACUAAAUACAAGCUGUGUUCAUGCCAACUAACUACAAGCUGUGUUCAUGCCAACUAACUACAAGCUGUGUUCAUGCCAACUAACUACAAGCCAUGUUCAUGCCAACUAACUACAAGCUGUGUUCCUAUGAAUUGACUACAGGCUUAGUUAAUGCCAAUUAACUACAGACUUUGUUUAUGCCAAUUAACUAAAGAAAAUUACAAACUUUGUUCAUGUCAAAUAAUUACAAACUUUGUUCAUGUACAGUAACUACAAGCUUUGUCCAUGUACAUUAACUAGAAACUGUGUUCCUAUGAACAAACUACCAGUUCAGACUUUGUCCAUGUCAAGCUACUACAUCCUGUGUUCAUGUCAAAUAACUACAAACUUUGUUCACAUCAAAAAACUACAAACUAUAUAUGUUCAUGUACAGUAACUGAAAUGAUGUGAUCCCUCUGGUUAUAUCUAUUUAGAGAGGACAAUUUCUUGCAAAAAAUAAUAUGUGCCAAAAUUUUUUAAAUAUAUGAAAUUAUAAAUAAACAGGUAAAUGAAUUAAUAAACCUAUACAUAUAAACUUAGCCAUCUUUGUGUUCUCAUAAGUGUGUUCAGUCAUCUUUAUCAUAUUGUUUUAUUUCACAUUCAUGUUGUUGGUUGCUGUCUAUUUUUAUGGUUUGGUAAUCAGGGGAGAAUCCAGAGGGGGGUUUGGGGGGUCCCCCCUCCCCCUGCUCAGCCACAUAAAUUUUUUUGUAAAACAACCUUUUUUUAUGAGAAAAGUGUCAUAAUUGUGCUUUAUCCUUUAUGGUCAGAUGGUGCGACAGGAUGGGCACUCAAAGCGUGAGAUAAUGAUAUAGACAUAUGGGAUAUCACAAUUAAUGCUUUGCAUCAAUAAAAUUGAAUCACAAUGUCAUCAUAUUAAUUCAUAAUAAAAAUUGACAUCAAACAGGAUGUUGGAUUUCUCUAUUUAAAAAGCUCAAUGUGUAUGUAUAUACGCCAAAAUGACGAUAGAGACCAUGUAUUUCUCAAAAAAUUUCAAGCCGAGGGGGGGGGGGGAUACAUUUUCUCAGGAACCUGGCAAACCCCCUCCUGCAAAAAUUCCUGGAUCCGCCCCUGGUAAUAUCCCAAAAUAAAACAAAAGUAAUCCAUAGAUACCAUUCAUUGUGUAAAUCAGGAUAAAAUGUGUUUCUAUUGAAUAUGUGUGUAAAUUUUUGUAUAUUGAAUAUGUGUGUAAAUUUUUGUAUAUUGAUUGCAUGUAUAAAAUUGUUUAUAUUAUUAUUGAACAUGUGUAUAAAUUUUUUAUAUAUUAAAUAUGUGUAUAAAAUGUUUGUAUAUGGAUUGCAUGUAUAAAGUUGUUUAUGUACUCUUCAAAAAAAGUAGGGGAUAUUGAAAUGCAAAUACCUAUGCAGGUUGUGAUAUGAUAAAUAGUCAUGGACACUUGACAUGCUUUGAGAGUAUGUUCACAGAUGAAGAACUUAUCGCCCCAACAGAACCACUGUGCUGCAUGUGCAGCACGCAAUAGCGCCAUACACGUGGGAGGAGUUCAUUGUCAAAUUUGACAUUUCAAGGAAGGGUUGAUGAAAACUGCCACUUGCUGGUUUAUCCUAUCCAUGUUUGCUUUCCUAUCGGUUCUUGCAUAAGAUUUACUGUUUAGCGUAUCUUUGCUUUAGUGUGUUACGUUUAGUUUGAUCGGGAGAUGUGUUCGUCGAUGCCAACGUCAACCGACAACACUACAAGAAUUGGCCUGGCACUACAAGAGGAGUGGGUCAGAAUGCCCAAAAUCGUGAUUGGGCGGUUGAUUAGGAGCAUGCCACGACGAAUUUCUGAAUGUCUGAGGAUUGGUGGAGCAAUUACUCAUUAUUAAGACAAAAAUCAAAAACGUCCAUUUUCACUUUUGAUAGUGUAUCUCUUUGAGAGUGAAAUGGGGCCGUCAAAUAAGCCGCCCAUAUGAACUGUUUAUGUUCAUGUGUAGGCAAUUGGCCUGUUAUUAACAUACACUGCUUACCUGUAAUAAAAACAGCAGUGCAUUUCCACAGUUUUGUAUUGUUUCUGAAUAUCCCCUACUUUUUUUGAAGAGUAUAUUAUAAUUGAAUAUGUGUAUAAAAUUUAUGUAUAUUUAAUAUAUUUAUGCAAUUUGUGAAUAUUAAGUAUGGUUUAAUGGUAGAGAGCGAGACAUUAAGUAAUAUAUUGAUACUAGCGCCUCGUGUUGUUUCAAUAUAUUAGCUCGAGACCAUUAAACAACUUAAAAUACAGACACUAUCCUGCACGUGCUUUUCAAUGAAAUAUGUCACGUGAAUCCAAUAUUUCAUCUAGUACAUGUACAGAUAAUACACGAUUGGCAAGUUGCCCGUACUUUAUUGGAAAUAAUGGUACGCCAACAUCAAAGGACGACGUCACAUCUGUAUUUUAAAUAUACAUGUAAAAUUAUGUAUAUUGAUGUAUAAAACUGGUAUACAUAAAUGUUGUGUACAUUGAAUAUAGUUAUAUAAUUUAUGUAUAUUAAAUACAUAUCUAAAGUUUUUGUAUUAAUACAAAACUCAAAAAUGUAUGUGUACUAACUACAUGUAAAAUUUGUGUAUAUAAAACUCUAUUUAUCAUAUUUUUUGAUGAGAAUAUCCGGUGAGAAAAUAAUCAAAAUGUUAAUAUCUCUACCAUAAAUCUCUAUUGUUAAAUAUUAUUUUUUCUUCAUAUUUAUGUUUUUAUUUUACAACCCUGAAAUACUGAUUUUAAUGUGUAGAACAUACCAAAUACUUCCAUCACUUUUUUUAAAAGUCAUUUGUGAUAAAGUCAUUUUAUAUACACCCCAUGUAUAAUAAUAAAUGUAUAU